AUGGCGGCGACGACAUCUUCAUCGUUUGGGGAUGAACUCGCUGGAUGGUCGAUGGAUAACACGGUCGGCUGGUUACUGGACUUGCCGGGCCUGCAGCACCGCGAGGCCCUCAUGAUCCAUCUGGUCCAGAACGAUUUCGAUGGCACCAAGCUCGUGCAGCUGUUCCGAACGUGGCAAUGGGACUGGGAGCGGGUCCGUGUGGCGGGCGGCGGCGAGGGCGGCGUGCGCCUGGGGGUGAAAGGGAGGCCGCGUGACCUCGUCUUCAACGAGGCUGAUAGCAAGCAGCUCUACUACGAGACCAUCCGGCUGUGCGGGCUUGACCCGGGCAUUGUGGCCGAGAGGGAGCUCGAUGAAGCCAAGAAGAGGAAGCGCAUGGAAGAGGACGAUGAGAAGGCAAACCAGACCGGCACCGGUGAAGAACAGACAAAGAAGCAACAGCGUGACAAGAGCGGAAAGGAGCGGACGAUAAUCGUCGUUGACGACGACGACGACGGCGACGGUGUAGAGAAGGGCAAGGGCGGACGCAACGACUCAUCGGUGAUGGACCUCACGCAAGACGACGGGGCUGUAGACGAAAAGGAGCGCGACCGCGAGGCGCACAAGCAGCAGCAAGGCACGAAGGACGCGGACGGCGACGGUGGGAGCGGAGAAAAGAGCCUGCGCGACGUCCUCGUGGAGAUGGAGCUGGCCGAGCGUCGCAAGCGGGAGGAGGAGGAACAGCGCACGCUCGAGGCGAUUCGAAGGAUGGAAGAGGAGGAGCUCGCGCAAGGCAACGGGGCUGCCGACGAAAAGGAGCGCGACCGCAAGCAGCAGCAAGGAGAGAAGGGCGAGGACGGCAACGGCGAGGGCCAAGAAAAGAGCCUGCGCGACAUUCUCAUGGAGAUGGAGCUGGCCGAGCGUCGCAAGCGGGAGGAGGAGGAGCAGAGCACGCUCGAGGUGAUCCGCAUGAUGGAAGAGGAGGAGCGCCUGGCGGCCGAGCAGCGGCGGCUCCAGCGCGAGAAGGAGGACGAGGAGCGGGCCAAGGACUUUGCGCGACGGAUGCUCGAAGAGGAACGCACCCGGGCGCUCGAGGAGCGGAAGAAGCAGGACGACGACACCAAGAAGAUGAUCGAGGACAUGCUGCGUCUCGAAGCCGAGGAGGAGCGAAAACGGAAGCUCGAGGAGGAGGAAACGUCGGCCCAGAUCGCCAAGGAGCUCCAGGCCAAAGAGGAGGAACUCAAGGAGGCACACUGCGAGAUCUGCAUGGAUGACUUCGAUCCGAUGGACAAGUUCAUCAUGGGCGAGUGCGGGCACUACUUCUGUCGAGACUGCGCGCUCGAGUACUUCAAGACCUCGCUCAACGAGUUCCCGAUCAAGUGCCCCCACUGCGGAGAAGCGGUGAGCGACGACGCGCUAGAGCUCGUUCUACCGGCUGACCUGUUCAAGAAGUACGAAAAGUUCCGGUUCGAGCGUGCGUUGCAGAGCGACAAGGACUUUUGUCGGUGUCUCACUCCCGACUGCGAGAACGGCGUCAUCAUUGCCCGAGAUGCCGGUCUGCCAGACAAAGCGUGGCAGUGGAAGUGCGACGUGUGCACCAAGAAGUACUGCCUCAAGUGCAACGACGACACGCACGACUCCACGUGCGAGGCCUACCAGCAGUGGAAAAAGGAGAACGGCAUGGCCGAUGACAAAUUCCAAGAGUUGGUCGACACCGGCGUGCUCAAGCUCUGCCCGCACUGUAACAUCAGGACGCAAAAGACCGAAGGCUGUAAUUUUAUGACUUGCCAGCUGUGCAAGAAGCCCUGGUGCUGGCAGUGUGGUCUCACACACGCGGCGUGUCCUGGAGGCCACAACUCACACAAGUGA